UCUAAAGGAGCCUCUGGAGACAUAGCAUGUGAUCAAUACCACAAAUACAAGGAAGAUGUUCAACACAUGGUAGACACGAGUUUGGAGGCUUACAGAUUCUCUGUUUCCUGGUCAAGACUUAUUCCUAAUGGAAGAGGCCAUGUCAACCCCAAAGGCUUAGAAUAUUACAACAAUCUCAUUAAUGAACUCCUCAAACGUGGAAUUCAACCACAUGUCACACUGCUUCACCUUGAUACCCCACAAGUUCUUGAAGAUGAAUAUGGGGGAUGGUUUAGUCGGCAAAUAGUGAAAGACUUUACUGCCUAUGCCGAUGUGUGCUUCAAAGAAUUUGGUGACAGGGUUUUGUAUUGGACUACCAUAAAUGAGGGCAACGUAUUUGCCAUAGGUGGUUAUGAUAAUGGACUAACACCCCCAUGGCGCUGCUCUUUUCCAUUUGGACAGAUGUGUACCGAGGGUGAUUCUGUAACUGAGCCAUAUAUUGCUGGUCAUAACAUGUUGCUGGCACAUUCAUCUGCCGUGAAACUAUACUACAAAAAGUAUAAGGCUGUUCAACAUGGUUUUGUGGGACUAAACAUCUAUUCUUAUUGGUUUUCUCCAUAUUCUAAUGCUACAGAAGAUGUAACUGCAACUCAAAGAGUCAUUGAUUUUUAUAUUGGUUGGUUUAUGCAUCCAAUGGUGUUUGGAGACUAUCCGGACAUCGUAAAGAAGAAUGCUGGUUCAAAGAUACCAGUUCUUACUCCACGUGAGUCUAAGCUAAUUAAGGGCGCAUUUGACUUUAUAGGGCUAAACCAUUAUAACUUAGUCUAUGUCAAGGACAAUCCUAGCAGCUUUGAGAUGAAUGUCAGGGACAUAACUGCUGAUACGGCAGCAAGCUUCUUCCUUGAACCAGAAGAUGCACCACAAAAUCAGAAUGAUGAUCCAUCAUCCAGUCUAUCUGGAAUUCUGGAGUAUCUCAAGACAGCUUAUGGCAAUCCACCUACUUAUAUCCACGAAAAUGGUCAAAGAACUGAGCGUAAUGGAACACUAUACGACAUACCAAGGGUGAAAUAUCUGCAUUCAUAUAUCGGGACCUUGCUUGAGGCUAUAAAAAAUGGGUCAAACACAAAAGGGUACUUCCAGUGGUCUUUCUUAGAUGGUCUAGAGUUAUUCGGUGGCUAUGAGAGAGGUAGUGGCCUGUACUACGUGGAUUUGGAUGACAAGCAAUUGAGAAGAUACCGAAAGCUCUCUGCAGACUGGUACUACAAUUUCCUCAAGGGUAGAACCAUCAGGCCUGAUGAGAUAACCGAAGUUGAAACUGGUGUCUUUGGUUCAUCAACAUCUAAAGCCUCUGAAUAGUGAUAAUUACUACAAAGCUUUCAUCUUUUCUUCUGAUUCUUAAUUGCACAACUUUGUCUCUGCAUGACUGUCUUUAAUCA